AUGGAUGGAAAGAUCUUCCUGUGCACCGCUUUGAUACGUGAAGCUCAUGAGCUGAAAGCUUUCGCCCACGCCGGCCAAAACAAGACCCUUCAGCUCUUAAAGAAGGAGUACUACUGGCAAGGCCGUAAUAACAAUAUCAAGCGGUACAUCAAGAACUGUCGAGAUUACCAGAGGAAUAAGACUCGACAUGACAAGACCCCAGGGCUCCUUCACCCAUUACUUAUCCCAAAGCGCGUCUGGGAGCAUGUUAUGGUUGACGGCAAGAGCAUGCCAAAAAAUGACAAAGGUUAUGAUUACGUCUGGGCUUUUGUCUGUCAAUUUAAGAAGAAAGCGUUAGAGAUUGUCAAACAAAACCAAAAGGUCCAGGAGUUAGCACAACAGAACGCUGUAGCGGCACAUGCGCUGAUAGAAACCCAAGCCAACAAGAAGCACCAAUCUGUGGACUUUACCGUUUCCGACAUAGUAUACGUAAGUAAGAAGGGAUUCUUGACUGAAGCCCCGACCAUGAAGCUGGACUCCCAGAACGCCGGUCCAUGGACCAUUAUGGAAAAAAGAGGCCACAGCUUCAUCCUUGACACGCCACCCUGGUAUAAAGGUAGCAAGCUCUUCCACGCUAAUCGCCUUUGGAAAGUAGCUCAGAACCUGCUGCCGCAGCAACAGCUGGAACCAGAACCGCCAGUGGAGAUCAACAGAGAACCGGAAUAA